AAAGAUGAUCCUCUUCCGCAGAUUUCGCGUGCUGAUUUUAUUGGUGUUUCUCGUCGCAUGCACCAUGCACAUCAUGAUAGACCUGUUACCCAAGCUGGAGAAACGCGCGGCGGGACCUGGCUCCGGCGCGACAGGAGCGGGGGCCGGCUGUUCGUGCAUUCACAGCCCGCCCGAGGAUCCUCGAUCCUGGGCCAAGCAGCGCGCCAGAGCCGCCGCGGCGGAACCGGGCUGGCCUAAUAAGCACUCUUUAAGAUUACUGCAGGAUUUCAGCAACGAGCCCAACUCCAACCUCAGCUCGCAUUCGGUGGAGAAGGGGACCGAGAGAGGAGAGCCUGUGAAGCAGGGCGUUGAGAAGCGAGUCUUGAUGAAGGAUGCGGCGGCUGGACCGAGGAGAGCUGUCCAGGGUUCCUCCAGACUGAAGGCGCUCUAUGCGCAUCCUCUCUAUAAUUCUGAUGUGCCUCAGCUCUCGGAUGAUGACACCUUAUUUAACCUCAACAAUGACAUCAGAUUUUAUCCCAAAACUACUGGAAACCAAGAAUGGCACAACGAUGGGAAUGAGGAGGAGUACAGUCCGACGGGGGAGGCCACUGCUGUGUCAUACCCCAACUGGCUUCGUUUCCACAUCGGGAUUAACCGCUAUGAGCUCUACUCCAGACACAACCCCAUCAUUGAUUCUCUGCUAAAGGACCUGGUAACUCAGAAGAUCACCAGCGUAGCUAUGAAGUCAGGUGGCACUCAGCUGAAGCUGAUCAUGUCAUUCCAGAACUAUGGACAAGCCCUGUUCAAACCCAUGAAACAAACCAGGGAGCAAGAAACACCUCCAGACUUCUUCUACUUCUCUGACUUUGAGCGACACAACGCAGAGAUUGCUGCAUUUCAUCUAGACAGAAUCUUGGAUUUCCAUAGAGUUCCACCGGUGGCCGGCCGCUUGGUGAACAUGACACAGGAGAUCCGAGACGUGACCCGUGACAAAAAGCUCUGGCGGACAUUCUUCAUAUCCCCAGCCAACAACAUCUGUUUCUACGGCGAGUGCUCUUACUACUGCUCCACAGAACAUGCCCUGUGCGGGAAGCCCGACCAGAUCGAGGGCUCCCUGGCUGCAUUUCUUCCUGACUUGGCAUUAGCGAAGCGCAAGACCUGGAGGAACCCUUGGCGCCGUUCCUACCACAAACGCAAGAAAGCUGAGUGGGAAGUGGAUCCGGAUUAUUGUGAUGAAGUCAAGCAGACUCCACCCUAUGACAGAGGAACACGUCUUCUGGACAUCAUGGACAUGACUAUUUUUGACUUUUUGAUGGGAAACAUGGAUCGCCAUCAUUAUGAAACUUUCGAGAAGUUUGGAAACGAAACCUUCAUCAUUCAUUUGGACAAUGGCAGGGGAUUUGGCAAACAUUCUCAUGAUGAAAUGUCCAUCCUGGUCCCUUUGAUUCAGUGCUGCAGAGUGAAGAAGUCAACGUAUCUCCGUCUGCAGCUGUUUGCUAAAGAAGAAUACCAGCUGAGUUCUCUGAUGGAGGAAUCUCUGCUGCAGGACCAGCUGGCGGCCAUCCUCAUCAAACCCCACCUGGAGGCCAUGGACCGCCGCCUGCGUCUGGUGCUCAACGCACUGGCCGACUGCAUGGAAAAAGAAGGUUUCUCAUCCGUGGUUGAGGAAGACCUGGACCGACACCCCUACUCGCACCUCCCCCAGGGACACGGGAGGUAGUGAGGCCUGAACGUCCACCCUCGAUGGGUCGAACCUCCGCCAUGAGCCUUCAGCCCAACUGAGGCUUGUGCUCGAGUCACUCUGAAUUCCAUGAAUUCCAAGACUAGCCACCAAUGCCUCGGUGGACCUCUGCCACCCUUCCUGUGUGUUGACGUGCAAUACGGACGGACGGGGAUGCGGCUAUGCGUGUGUCGUCGGAGGACUGCUGGGAAAACAAGGCUGUUUACUUUGAUUCUUAUUUGCGAGGGCCAGAACUGCAGAAUGUACAUUUCGUCGCAUCCGGGUUUGUUUGACGGGCCGAAAUUAUUUAUUACAUUUGUGUAUUUAUCAAGUGUCAAGAGGACAUCAUCUGGGUAGAGAGACCAAAGCUGGAUCAGACAAAUAGAUGACAAUAAUCUAUAUAUCUACCGGUUCUUGGAAAAGCAUGCAAUAUUAUUUUCUGUUAGCUCUUUAACAAAAGGGCACAUGCAAGCUUUAAUGGUGGUACUGCGGUAAAAGUAUUACUCCCGUGCAAGUACGCUUCAACACAAUUUAACCUCAUUUGCCACCGACAUCAAAAGCCAUCAUCUGAAAUGCAUAUUGUGCAAUCAAGCCAUCGUGUCAGAUUCUGCACUUUUGUUGUUUCAUUUGGGGUAAUUCAGAGGUGAAGUGCAUGCUUCAUUUGAGGGUAUUCAGUGGUGAAGCAGGCGUUUUAUAAGGACUCGGCGUAGAAUCAGAGAAUGAAGCUGAUUGGCCGUUUGGGCGUCUUGUGCCGGCGGUGUUUCCCGACUCAGACGCCAUGCUGAAUACACCUGCUCUCUCUUUUAAUGAGAACCUUAAGGACGGUCUGAUGCUGGCGAGGGUUGGUAACUUGGUCGUACUUCACGCUGCACUUAUCUUCAGUCUCAUCUGUGAUUUCUGGGCUUGAUUAUGGAGUAAAGUACAGACCGGAGGGAAAGAAACAAACCAAUAGGAUGUGAUGGAGUAACGGCAGCGUGUCUUAACUGCGUGAGACACCAUGAAACAUUAAGCCCUUUCUUGUAAGUCUCUCGUUUUUGUUCAAGCCAUCUGCAACAUGCGACAGGACAUAUAAUUGGUCGUUUCUCUUUUUUGUUGUUGUUGUGCUGAGUAGCCUCGCCCACAGCAGAAAUUCAUUUAUCCCAAACUGUCUUGCAGAUCAUUCCUUUCUGCGUUUCAUUGAAAGUCAGAUGUGGGAUGUUUCUGUAUGAAGUCUCUGACUUCUGACCUGGAAAACUUGAGCUUUGCAGGUUUUUCAUUGUUAACACUUUCAGUUAUUUCAGUAUAUAAGAAAUCAGUGUUGAAAACAGUCUUAUAUCCUGGUGUACGAAAGCGAGCUUAAAAUAAUGAUUUAUAAUUGGAGCUGUUGGGUAAGAUUUCGUGGGAAAUGUCGGGUUGGCGACCCCAUGUAAAGAUAAGUACGUAAAGUAACCUGCAAUUUCAUGUUUUGUACAUUAAUGGCUGAUAAAAAGGUCAAAGUUAUGGCCCGCUGUUUUAACAUGAAAUGCAUUUAGAUUUUUGCGUUCAUUGUCGGCAGGCAUAUUUCUUACUGGUUUGGACGACAUGUAGUGAUGAUGUCAUUAUCUUUCUACCACUGUGCUGUUUUGCUUUAUUUUCACCACUAGUCACAUGUACUUUUGGCGAAUGUUACUGUUACACUGCACCGUGAAAAACAUGCUUUCAGCUCACAUUUAUUUUAUAUCAUGUAAACUAUGGCCAAAAAGGCAAAAGUGCCUUUUAACUUUCAAUAGCAGAGGUGACUGCCCAUCCAGCACCGUACACACAUUCAUAGCAUUCUAGCUUACAAGACAUAAAUUGGUCUCUGUCCUAAAUGAAACUUUUUCAGCUCGUGUAAGAGCAUACGUACAUUGCUAUUUAUUAUGAAUAAGUACAUUUGUGAGGAAAUAUUGUGGGUUUAUUUUUUAAUGUAUAUUUUUGCGUUUGUUCAGCUUUAAAUUAAGUCCCUGUUCCGUCCAGACAUUGUGUAGAUGAUGCUCUGUGUAAAGUAUACAGCUGAAUCUUUGACACGUGUGUUCGGUGUUUAACCCCAGUGCCUGUGCAAUGCUUGAGAAACUUGAAUGUUUUGGGAUUAUUCGCAAACGGACCUUUUAGCAGCCCAUGGCCUGGACUCAAGGGAUUAUGGGAUCCUCGAGGCUAUUAGCCAAACAGACUGAAUCAAUCCCCCCCCCAUCUGUGUACAUAUCUAUAAAUACGUACAGGAAGUUUUUUUUGUUUGUUGAGAAGAUAUGUUUUUCUUUUCUCUCUUAGGCAUUGUACUGUGACGAUCUGUUUGCGAAAUGAUAAAAGUGUGCAAUAAAUGAAGCUACGUUGGUGAACUUCUUUUAUGUGUAAAAUUGCA